GGGGAGCCUUGCGCUGCUCCGCCCCAUGGCUAGAGCAGUCGGAAGCAAGCAUGGCGGCCCCCGGGGCCGCAGCUACAGACCUAGAGGUGGUCCGAGGCAAGCGUGCUGCCCUGUACUUCGCUGCGGUGGCCAUCGUGCUGGGGCUGCCACUCUGGUGGAAGACCACGGAGACCUACCGGGCCCCGUUGCCUUACUCCGAAAUCAGUGGGUUGAAUGCCCUGCAGCUCCGGCUCAUGGUGCCCAUCACUGUUGUGUUUACCCGAGAGUCGGUGCCUUUGGACGACCAGGAAAAGCUGCCCUUCACCGUUGUGCAUGAGAGAGAGAUUCCUCUGAAAUACAAAAUGAAAAUCAAAUGCCGAUUCCAGAAAGCCUAUCGAAGGGCUUUGGACCAUGAGGAAGAGGCUCUGUCUUUGGGCAGUGUGCAAGAGGCAGAAACCAUGUUAGCUGAGCCACAGGAACAAGCGGAGGGCUCCCUGACUGUGUACGUGAUCUCUGAACACUCUUCACUUCUCCCCCAGGACAUGAUGAGCUACAUCGGGCCCAAGAGGACAGCAGUCGUGAGGGGAAUAAUGCACCGGGAGGCCUUUAACAUCAUUGGCCGCCGCAUAAUCCAGGUAGCCCAGGCCAUGUCUUUGACUGAGGAUGUGCUUGCUGCGGCCCUGGCUGACCACCUUCCAGAGGACAAGUGGAGCUCUGAUAAGAGGCGGCCUCUCAAGUCCAGCUUGGGCUAUGAGAUCACCUUCAGUUUACUCAACCCAGACCCCAAGUCCCAUGACGUCAACUGGGACAUCGAGGGGGCUGUCCGGCGCUAUGUGCAGCCCUUCCUGAAUGCCCUCAGUGCUGCAGGCAACUUCUCCGUGGACUCUCAGAUACUGUACUAUGCAGUGUUGGGGGUAAACCCCCGCUUUGACCCAGCUUCCUCCAGCUACUACUUGGCCGCACACAGCCUCCCCCAUGUCAUCAACCCGGUGGAGUCCCGGCUGGGAUCCAGUGCUGCCUCCCUUUACCCUGUGCUCAACUUCCUACUCUAUGUUCCUGAGCUUGCCCACGCCCCUCUGUACAUUCAGGACAAGGAUGGGGCUCCCGUGGCCACAAACGCCUUCCACAGUCCCCGCUGGGGUGGCAUUAUGGUAUACAACGUGGACCCCAAAGUCUACAAUGCCUCAGAGCUGCCGGUGAAAGUUGAGGUGGACAUGGUGCGAGUGAUGGAGGUGUUCCUUGCUCAGUUGCGGCUGCUCUUUGGGAUUGCUCAGCCCCAGGUGCCACCAAAAUGCCUGUUCUCAGAGCCUAAGAGUGAAGGGCUAAUGGCCUGGGAGCUGGACCGGCUGCUCUGGGCUCGGUCAGUGGAGAACCUGGCCACAGCCACCACCACUCUUACUUCCCUGGCUCAGCUUCUGGGCAAGAUCAGCAACAUUGUCAUCAAGGACGAUGUGGCAUCUGAGGUGUACAAGGCUGUAGCUGCUGUCCAGAAGGCAGCAGAGGAGUUGGCCUCUGGGCACCUGGCCUCUGCCUUUGUUGCCAGCCAGGAAGCUGUGACGUCCUCAGAGCGUGCCUUUUUUGAUCCCUCACUCCUUCACCUCCUCUAUUUCCCCGAUGACCAGAAGUUUGCCAUCUACAUCCCGCUCUUUCUGCCUAUGGCUGUGCCCAUCCUCCUAUCUCUGGUCAAGAUCUUCCUGGAGACCCGCAAGUCCUGGAAAAAGCCCGAGAAGAUAGACUGAGCAGGGCAGCAUCUUAGCAGGAAGCCUUUUUCUUUCUGGCCAGGGUGGGAGAUGUUAGAUUGAGGGGCACAUAAGUGGGGCCUGCCGUGAAUGACUUGUCUCCAGCCUCCUCUGUUGCCUCUGCAGCAACCAAAAUGUAACACUCUAAGAUGGGUUCAUCUUUCCUUCCCUUCCCAUUCCUCUGGCUCAGGUUCCCCACCUCCAUCCUCAAAAGAUGUACCAUCUGGGUCACCUUAUCUGGCUUGAACUUGAAGGCCCUUUCUUAUCUCCCUCUGGGGCAGGGGCAGCUUGUGCUCUGCCCUGUUCCUCAUAGCCCUCUUGCACUGAGAGGGAGCAUUCGGGGAACACCUAGGUUGGUUUCUAGCCCCUCCCCUCCACACUUCUCUCUAGCCCCUCAGGGAGAGCCUUAGCAACUGCUCAUGGAAGGGGCCAGGCACAGGUCACCUCUGGCCCCCUCUCCCUUACUCCCCUCCCUCCUGGCUAGCUACACCUGUUGGGUACAGCCUGGUGCUGUGUGUGUGUGUAGCAGAGGUUCCCUUUAUCCUUUCAUAGAAGCAGUGUGGUGCCAUGGUGAAGGUUGUAGACUUGGGCUCAAACUGCCUGAAUUCAAACCCUUGUUUCUGCACUUGUCAUCUGGGGAGCUUUGAAUAAGCCACUUAAUCUCUCUGAGCCACAUUUUUUUCACUUGUUAAAACAGCACUAAUGAUACCUCUCUUACAAGGUGGUUGUGGGGAUUAAAUGUGAUAAGCAUUUGAAAGCGUCUGGCAUAUUCUAGGCUCUCAAUAAACAUUGUAUGUGAAUUGGUAUAUGA